GUGAACGCCAAACACGCGGUCGUAAUCGUCACGUCCACCACGGGCAACGCGGAUCCACCGGAGAACGCGUCACGCUUCGUGCGUUACAUUAAACGCAAAACAACCGUCGAAACGAUGCCGUUUCGGCAUUGUGCGUUUGCCGUCUUGGGUCUAGGCGACACCAACUACAACGUCUUUUGUGCCGUUGCCAAGGAAGUGGAUCGUAAACUGUUCGAACUCGGUGGCACCCGAGUGCUGCCCUUGACCUGCGCCGAUGAAGGCACU